AUGUUAAUACUCGGACGAUUGUUAUUAAAUCGUUCACCAUCUUCAAUCAUUCUACAAUGUAGAUCUAGUAUUUUUCGCUCAGUUAUUUGUAAAAAACAAUUAGUUCCUAUUCAAUUAUCUUCAUCGAAAUAUCUUCUUCGAUAUACAUCAACUACACCUGAUCAACAGAAAACAGAUCGUGUAUGGACUAUACCAAAUAUUUUAACAUUUGCUCGUAUUGGUUCAGCACCCAUUCUUGGUUAUUUAAUUGUCAGUCAUCAAUAUCCAGCUGCAUUAACACUUUUUAUAAUAUCAGGUUUCACAGAUUUAAUUGAUGGUUGGAUUGCACGACGAUAUCCUUCACAAGCAUCUGCAUUAGGUUCAUUUCUUGAUCCAUUUGCUGAUAAAAUGCUUGUUGGCAUUGUUGUUAUAACACUUGCCUAUGUUAAUCUUAUACCAUUAUGGCUUCUUGCAUUGAUAAUUGGUCGUGAUAUUGUUAUUAUGAUUGUUGCAGCUUAUCUUCGAAUUAAAUCUGUACCACCACCACGUACAUUAAAGAAAAUUUUCAAUAUGAAAAAUGCAACUGUUCAACUUUAUCCAACAUUUAUUAGUAAAGUUAAUACAGGUGUACAAAUUGGAUUAUUAACUUUAUGUAUGGCAGCACCAAUUUUUGAUUAUCAUAAUACUGGUUGGAUGUCAGCUAUCUAUGUAUUAUCUGCUCUUUCAACUGGUGUGUCAUUUCUGUCCUAUACUGGUAAAAGUGGACGUGCAACAUUUAAAAUGCUCUCACAACAACCAAAAUCAUCUUCUUCUCCUCCAUCUUCUUUAUAA